CCGCCUAUCCAGGCACGGAUCCUCGAUAUUUUCCCGUGCAUAUAUGGUUGCUGGCUGCGCUUUCACCAGGUCCGGAUUAUUAGUUCCCUUAUAUCCACCAACCUAUAGACAUAUAUCCCAGUACGCAAGGCUCUCCAGUUGUUCAUAGACAAAUCCUUUCUCCUUUUAUAAAUACACUUCUAGUGGCUGCUGCUUAUUCUAAGCAAGCGCGGACUUCUAAGCAUCCCUCAACUAUAAAUACCCCGAUCUCCCACAUACGAAGCAAAGCAUUACGAAAGAUUUUAGAGCCCAAGACUGCGAGGUGAAAGCCAUGGGAUCAUCAAGCCUAAUCUCUUUCUUCUGCGCCACGGUUCUAGUAAUGGCACACGCCACCCUUGCCCAAAACUCCCCCGACGACUUUGUAAAUGCCCACAACGCCGCCCGGGAGGCUGUUGGCGUUGGCCCGGUGUCAUGGAACACCACAGUGGCGUCCUACGCCGAGGACUAUGCCAACCAACGGAAGGGUGACUGUCAGCUAAUUCACUCGGAUUCCAUCUCCUACGGCUACGGGGAGAACCUCUUCAUCGGGGGUGGGCCGGACUUCACGGCCAAGAAUGCCGUGGACCUGUGGGUGGGAGAGAAACAGUACUAUGACUACGAUAGCAACUCGUGCUCAGCACCGCCAGGCCAAUCGUGCGGGCACUACACUCAGGUGGUGUGGAGAGACUCCACUGGCAUCGGGUGCGCCCGGAUACAGUGCGACAGCAGCGGCACCUUCAUCACUUGCAACUAUUCCCCACCUGGCAACGUCGAAAGGAAGCGUCCGUACUGAAAGAGGGCUCUCUUCAGAGUGCCACCAGUAGUAGUAUAUGAUUCUAUAGAAUAAGGCCUGCUGUGAAGGUGACCUGAAGUUGCUGCAGGAAUAACGAAGUGGAAGAAUAAAAAUUAUUGCAGAGGGAGAUGCACUGUGUUUGUAUUUCAUGUCGCAGUAUGUACUCAGUACCAGUUUGUGGUGACCUUUCUUUUCAGCUCCCUUGUGUUUAUUCCAGUGUGGAAAGUUGGAAAUAAUUCUGAAUUUGUAACAAGGUUUUCAUGUCCUAGCUUUGCUCUCAGUUAGAUC